AUGGCAGCUCCCGUGGGACCCCUCCCGCAGGUGAAGCUGCCCUCGGGCCCGUCCCCCGUGACGGCCGAGCAGCGCUACUGGAAGUCCUUCAAGAACCAGCUCCAGAUCCCCUCGCCGACGUCAUACCCGAUCACGCACAUCUCUUCGACUUCGGCCGACGGUCUCUUCGCCGUCACCACCGGCACCCGCGUGCAACUCUACUCGUCGCGCACCCGCAAGCUCGAAAAGACCAUCACACGCUUCGCCGACGUCGCCCGCUCCGGUUCCCUGCGCCGCGACGGCCGCGUGCUCGUCGCCGCCGAGGACACCGGGCGCAUGCAGGUCUUCGACACUCACUCGCGCUCCAUCCUCAAGACCUGGACCAAGCACCGCCAGCCCGUAUGGGCCACGCGCUUCUCCAACACCCAGCCCACGACGCUGCUCUCCGCCUCCGACGACAAGACCGUCCGCCUCUGGGACCUCACGGCCAACGACCCGACGCACACCUUUGUCGGCCACGCCGACUACGUCCGCUGUGCCGAGUUCUUCCCGGCCACGUCUCCCUCGGGCGCGAGCAACAUGGUCGUCUCGGGCUCCUACGACUCCACCGUCAAGAUCUGGGACCCCAGAAUAGGCUCCAACGCGGCCGUCAUGACCUUCAAGCACGCCGCCCCCGUCGAGUCCGUCUUGCCCCUGUCCUCGGGAACCACCCUGCUCGCGGCUUCGGGCCCCAACGUCUCCGUCCUGGACCUCGUCGCCGCCCGCCCCAUCCACCAGAUCUCCAACCACCAGAAGACCGUCACCUCCCUAAGCCUCGCCUCCAACGGCACCCGCCUCGUCACCGGCGGCCUCGACGGCCAUGUCAAGGUCUUUGAGACGACGGCCUGGAACGUCGUCUCCUCCACCAAGUACCCCUCGCCCAUCCUCUCCCUCCGUGUGCUCUCAGCCUCCGACUCCCCCGACCACGCCGACCGCCACCUCGUCGUCGGCAUGCAGUCCGGCGUGCUCUCCAUCCGCACGCGCCUCACCGGCCCCGAGGCCACCCGCCAAAAGGAGCGCGAGCGCGAGAUGGCCGCCCUCAUCGCCGGCACCCUCGACCAGCACGACCGCGUCACCAAGACGCGCAAGCGCAAGGUCGCCGCCCACCGCCGCCUCGAGACCCUCGGCGAGGGCCAGGCCGAGGUCAUCGUCGCGCAAGACGCGCGAGUCUCCCGUACCAAGGAGACGGCGUGGCAAAAAGCGCUGCGGCACGGGCGUUACGCCAGCGCGCUGGACCAGGUCCUCGACCCACAGGGCAAGGACCACUCGCCGCUCGCGGUGCUGACGCUGCUGCUGGCGCUGCGGCACCGGUCGGCGGUGCGGGACGCGCUCGAGGGCAGGGACGAGAGGACGGUGCAGCCGGUGCUCAAGUGGACGUGCAACCACAUCAUCGACCCGCGGUACGUCAGCGUCUGCGUCGAGGUCGGCCUGGUGCUCGUGGAGCUGUACGCCGAGUACGCCGCCGCGAGCGCGGAGCUGUUCGAUGGCUUCCGGACACUGAGGCGCCGCGUCGGGAACGAGGUCGAAAAGGCGCAGCUCGCGUGCGAGACGGGCGGCAUGGUCGAGAGCCUGAUGAUGGGCUCAGCCUAG